AUGAAAGCAAUCUACGCCGUCCCGGCGACACUGGCACUCGUCUACAGAGCCUGGUCGCAUCAAUCCCUCACCCCCGCGGGCAUCGUCGCCGCCGUUAUCACAGCUAUCGCCCAUGCCUACCACCCAUGGAACCUGCCCUUCGCGCUGCUCUGCGUAUUCUUUCUUGCUGGAACGAGGGCCACGAAGGUCAAGCACGAUGUCAAAGCCCAGAUGACGAUGGCUGCCCGAGGCACGCCAGGAGGUGAAGGAGCGCGCACCCACGUUCAGGUCUUCGCCAAUUCGCUGAUGGCGUCGUGCCUUUCACUCCUCCACGCCUACCAGCUCAACAAGCGAAAGGCCGCAAUCUUCGACUCAACAACCCCGAACCCUUCUGGCACACUAUGCUACUCUUGGGGCGGCGAUCUCCUCGUUGUUGGGAUCAUUGCGAACUAUGCCGCGGUUGCUGCCGACACGUUCAGCUCAGAGCUAGGCAUCUUGGCCAAAGGAGAGCCACGCUUGAUUACGUCCCCUACCUUGCGCAAGGUCCCGCGCGGCACAAACGGCGGCGUCACUCCCCUCGGCAUUGCCGCUGGCGCGUUGGGCUCCAUGAUCGUCGUCACGGCCUCCAUGGUCUUCCUUCCCCUCUGCGGAGACGACAGCGUCGGUAAAGUCGGCGGCGGCAUCUCGGCGUGGACGACCCAGCAGCGAUCCACAUUUAUGUUGGGAAUGACGCUUUGGGGCGUCUUUGGGAGUCUCCUGGACAGUGUGCUCGGCGCCGUCUUCCAGCGUUCCGUCAGGGACGUGCGGACCGGCAAGAUCGUCGAGGGCGAGGGCGGAACCAAGGUCCUGAUCUCGGGCGACAGGGCCGACCACGCCGACAAGAACCAGAAGCGCGCAGUCAUCAAGGCUGCGGCGCUCCAUGGGGAGGGCAAGCGCGCCGUUGAGCAGAUGCAAGAGGUUGAGGGCGUGGAAACCCCCGAGACCAGCGAUUCGAAGAAGAGGUACGACCCCGAGGACAAGCACCGCAAGCCGACCAUGGGUGAUGCGAAGCCCUCGCGGGUCGUGGAGACGGGCUGGGACCUGUUGGACAACAACGACGUAAACUUUUUAAUGGCUUUCACCAUGAGCAUGGGGGCCAUGGGUGUCGCCAGCUGGUUUUGGGGUGUGCCGAUAGAGAGUAUCCUUGACGUUUAA